AUGGGCUCGAUAUCGGCGGACCGACCGCCGUACCUGACGCUGACCAUCUCGCAGGCCCUCUCUCUUGAGCCGCCACCUGCACCGGAGCCGCGCCAGCAUGAAUCGGUCAACGCCAUGCUGGACACGCGUGCCGAGCAUAUGCCGCACAAGCUCGCAGUCGGCUUCACCUCGCUCAAGGACAAAGAUUGGCACUGCGAGUCGCUCACGUAUGCACAGGUCCGUGCACUCGCCAUCAAGACCGCGCACGACCUCCAGGCAUCCCUACCGCCCAGAUGCACAAAUGCAAAGUCGCCGAAUGGGACGCCGCUCGUGGCGGUCCUUGCGCCGUCCGGGCUCGAUCUGUUCGCCCACAUUGUGGCGCUGUGGCGGUUGGGGUACGGCGUACUAUGCAUUGCGCCAGGAUCGCCCGCCGAGGCCAUAGCGAACUUGCUGCGUCUCACAGAGACCACGGGGGUGCUGGCGCAUGCGUCGCAGCUCACGCCUGCGCGGGCUGCUAUCGAUACCUUGGGGGAUGAGCAGGCUCACGUGGUGGAGAUGCUCCGUGCGUCGACCGACGGUUUAGACCAAGAGGACGGAAGGAGCUGGGAGACCACCGCGGGCGAGGACGUGUUGGUGACGAUGCAUACGAGCGGAUCGUCCGGAUUGCCCAAACCGAUCUAUCAGCUGAACCGGUUCUGGACCGCGUCGAUGCUCACUGCCCCCGGGCGCGAGCUGUGUGCGUUUACCACCACGCCGCUCUUUCACGGCGGAAUGUCGGACCUGCUGCGCUCGAUCCAGGCAGGCUCGACGAUCUUCUUUCAUCCGACCGCCGAUCCGGGCGCGCUGUCGACGGCUGCCAUCUGCCGAGCCAUCGACGCGUGUCCGCAUCGCCCGGCGUACUUUCUCUCGGUGCCGUACAUUCUCGACAUGAUGUUCACCGAUGCAGCGGGCGAAGGCGCGGAGGCACUGGUGGGGAUGCAGCUCGUGAGCACCGGUGGUGCGCCUCUGCCGCAGCAGCUGGGCGACCAGAUGGUAGCAGCGGGGGUGCGGCUCGUCAGUCGGCUCGGCAGCUCCGAGUGCGGAUUCCUCAUGUCGUCUUGGCGCGACUUUGCGAGCGAUAGCGAGUGGAACUCGCUGCGCAUCCCCGAUAUCCUCGGCCAAAAAAUGCUCCGCUUCGAGCCUCAAGACCCCUCCGCCAGCGGGGGGCUGUACGAGCUCAUCGUCGAUGCGGAAUGGCCCACAAAGCUCGUGUCCAACCGGGAGGACGGAGGGUACGCGACGUCGGACCUGUAUGCGCCGCACGACUCGCUGCCCAAUACGUGGCGCUACGACUCGCGCUCGGACGACACGCUCGUCCUCGUGUCCGGCAAAAAAGCCACUGCACCCGUGGGCGAAACGCGGCUCAAAGCAGUACCUUUCGUAUCGGAGGCGAUCGUGUUUGGUGCCAACCGCGCCAUCCUCGGUGCGCUCGUAUUCGUCACCCCACAGGCAGCUGGCGAAGGCGCGUUCGAUGACGCGGCGCAGAUCGCGCUGCUGAGGCAGUUGCAGCCGGUGCUGGCGCAGAUCAAUGCCGCCUCGCCGCCACAUGCGCAACUGGCGCUCGAGAUGGUAAGGCUGCUCCCGCCGAGCGAGGCGGCCAGCAUCCCGCGCGCGAGCAAGGGAUCGCUCCAGCGCGGCCGUGCGUACGUGCACUUUGCACCGCUCAUCGACCAAGUCUACGCGGACUUCGAGGAGGGCCGCUCGCUGCGUGUCCCACCCGCCGGCCAGACCGUUGGCGGCAAACAGGCGCUGGAGGGCGAAAAGCUGGUGGCGUGGCUCGUGGACACGGUGGAGCGGAUCAAUGGCACAAGGCUGGCGCAGGACGCGGAUGUGUUUGUGGCGGGAGUCGACUCGAUCCAGUCGGCGCGCAUUCGUGCUGCGGUGCACCAGAAUGUCGAGCUCGGCGAUAAACUGCUGGGCCGUAACGCGGUGUAUGAGCAUCCGACACUGGCGCUGCUUGCACAACACAUCAGCGACGUCCGCAACGGCAACGAUGGAGACGCAACCACGCGCCAAAGCCGCGAGCUAGAGCUCAUGCAUCAACUCGUCGCCAAGUAUUCGCGGUCAAAGCCCGCCUCCCUACGGCAAGAAGCUGGGGGCGUCGGCACACUGUUCAUCCUGACGGGCGUGACAGGUGGAUUGGGAGCGCAGCUUCUGGACCGCGUACUCUCGCAGUGCAGUGGCGAGGACCACACUGUCUGCCUCGUGCGCGCCUCGAACGACGCUACCGCCCGCGACCGUGUGCUUGCAUCGCUCGAUUCGCGAUUCCUGAGCCAAGCUCGUGGGGUCGUCGAGACGGAUCGGGUCGAAUGUCUGGCUGCCGAUCUAUCGCGCCGCGGUUGCGGGCUUCGCGCGGGGUUGAGCCGGCAACACGGCCGCGUGGUGACGAUCCACGCCGCCUGGUCGGUCAACUUUGUCGCGGGCCUGUCGAGCUUUGAGGCGGACAACAUUGCGGGUGUAGCGCAUCUGCUCGAUCUGCACGACUCGCUCCCCUGCGCAGCAGCCGCUGAUUCGGCGUUUGUAUUUUGUUCCUCCGUUGCCUCCAUCCUUGCCAACCCCGGCGAUGGCGGGGGAUUCGCGGAGAAUGUUUCGCGCGAGGCAGGAGAUGCGGUGGCAAUGGGGUAUGCACGCAGCAAGUGGGUUGCGGAGCAACUCAUCGCGCGCCAUCCGGGGACCGGAGGACAGUAUGCAGCGGUGCGGAUCGGACAGCUUUGUUCCGAUACAGCUCAUGGUGUGUGGAACCAGAGUGAAGCAUGGCCGAUCCUGAUCCAGAUCAGCCAGGCCGUCGGAUGCUUUCCCGUCCUCAAUGAGCGUCUGGACUGGAUCCCUACGGACGUAGCCGCACAGACGGUGCUCGAUAUCGCCCUCUCCGCAUCGGACAAGGUGUACAACGUCGCACAACCGACCACAGCUUCGCAGCACGAUGCGGCAGGGUGGGACGAGCUGUACAAAUGGCUCGCCGAGGAUCUGCAUCUCGAGCUCGUUCAGCCUCUGGCGUGGCUCGAGGCAGUGCGACGCUCCGACUGCGACUCGCGCGGACUGCUAGCGCUGUGGGAACGCAACUUCGCCCGCACUCCCGACGCCGACGCACCGCGUUUCGUGUGCGACAAGGCGCUGGCUCUCAGCAACGCCCUGCGCGCCUGGGGCCAAGACGGCGUAGACGCCCCUCUCAUCCAUAGAACCGUCCAGCACUGGCGCAGCAUCGGCUUCCUCAAAUGA